AUGGGCGCCACACCAGUAGUCGUUAACAACGACAACAAUAGCAAUGGCGGGGACGUCACAGGGUCACCCAAUCAACGCGAUGACCCUUUGCUUGAAGAAAUCGCACAAGCUAUGAAUGAGGCGGAAAAAUCCGUCCCAAAAAUUGCUGAACAAUUAGCAAAAAUCAUCAACUCUCGCUGGCUAAACAAGCUGAGCGAUGAAAGCCUUCGUGAGAAACUUGAUACCCAUUUGCGUCCGGUUAACUGUGACCGACUCAUUACUCCGAAGGUCAACCCAGAAAUCUGGGGGCGUCUCGACAAAGAAACAAGAAGCAAAGAUCUAAAGCUGUCAUACUUGCAAACUAACCUAGCAGCGGUUGGUAAUAUUGUCUCGCAAGCAACAGAUAUGUUGUUGACAGCUCGUGCGGAAAACAGCGAAGUCCACAUCGAAAACCUUAUUCGCAAGAAUAUGGACGCCAUUGCUAUUAUGGGCCACAUUAGUUAUGAUUUGGCUCAACGAAGACGUGAUGUUAUUCGUCCAACACUCAAUAAGGAGUAUGCUACACUGUGUGCUUCCGAUGUGCCUGUUACCACUUUGCUUUUCGGGGACGAAUUGCAAACACAACUGAACCACAUACGGGCAUCGAAUAAAAUAAAAAAUACGGCAAGUGGUUCCCAAUAUUAUCCACCAAGGCGCCAUUUCUCGCCUCAACAGGUACCAGCCAGAUCUGGUCAACAAAAGCCUUUUUUAUGGAAACAGCCGCCUCAGGGCGGCAAACCCCAAUACAGGAGAAAGUACAAACAAUAUCGGUCCAAUCAACCGGGGAAUCAGGAAAAUCAAUGA